AUGUACACGAAUUGUCGGAUGGAGACUACGACUACAGAGGAGGAGCCCACGACAACUAUGGCGACGACGACGAUGGGCGAGGAUUUUUUUGCCAUGGAGGAAUGGUAUUCGAGAAAAACAAGGUCAAAGCUUGGACCGUUGACAAGUCAUAACCUCACCGACAUGUGCUUAUGCUUCACCUGCCAAAUUUCUGACGUCUUCAACUACGCUAACUCUACUGGCAAAGUGAAGCCUUGGUACUACGACAUCGCCACAGAAGACUGCUCCUGCAAAGCGCACGCCGUGUCUUGUAAUCUCUAUACCGUGGAUUCUUGUGACUCGUUUGCUAUCCAAUACAUAGCUAGCGAUGACCAGUUGUAUACCCUGGCUGAAACUAAUGGGACUUUGGUGGAGGGAGAGAUUCAGUGUCUGAGAAAUGGGAAAUUUGGAGCUGGUGGGAGAAGUAUCAAGGAACUAUUCUGCACGCAUUCUGGUUGUAAGAAGAUGGAAACGGCAACUUCGAUUGUUGAGUAA